AUGAUUGCUUUUAUUAGGCGCCGUCCUGAUCUUACCGAAGAACAAUUCUACAAUCACUGGAGGAAUAUUCAUGCGCCCAAGAUUGCGUACUGGGCCAAGAAGAAUGGCAUCAUUGGUUACACGCAGAUUCACACCCCUAGUUCCCUGCGCCAGCCCUUGACGGAAAUGCCACUCCCUCUCACCGUCAUGGAAUAUGAUGGUGCCGUGAUAUGGGAGAUUCCGAGCCUAGAGCAUUAUAUAAAUGCCUUUAAAGAUCCUUACUAUGCGAGUGAUAUUGCGCCGGAUGAGGACAACUUUCUUGACAAGAGUAAAGAAGUGGCAACGAUAACAUUGGGCAAUUUUCACAACAUUGUCGCUGGGGCUGAGCCCCUUAUCGACUACUCGGAGUCUGAACGAUCGAAAACAGAGUAG